GCCGCCGCCAUCAUGAGCUCGCCGCCGCCUGCAGAAUAUGCACCGGAACCUGUCGGGGAGGACGUCCCCAUGCAGGACGCAGAACAGCAGGAGCCGCCCCCUGAAGACGAAGAUGCGGAAGGCGAUGUUGUGAUGCCAGGCGCAGACGAUGACAGCUCGGAAGAAGGGGAAGACGACGAGGAAGAGGAACGGAGAAUUCGUCAAGGCUUUAUUGUGGACGAGGACGAGGAGGAAGAGGAAGACGAGGAAGAAGCGCGACGCGAACGGCGGAGCAAGCGCCGCAAGAAGAAGCACCGGCACAGGCGUCGGGAAGAGGAGGAGGCACUUGAGGAGGAUGACUUGGAGCUCCUUGAAGAAAAUACGGGCACGUCUUUCCGACGCAAUAAUUUGACUCGCCUCCGUCGCGGUCGAGACUCAGAAUCCCCUCCCGCUGGCUCGCGCAGACGCAAGAACGUCAUUGAUUCGGACGAUGACCUCGACGACGACAUUGCGCUCCCAAAACCUGGCGACGUGCAAGCUAUCUUUGACGACGAUCGAGGCCGGGACGACGACGAGGAAUACGGCUCCGACGACUUCAUCGACUACGACGAAGAGGAGGAUGGCGCCAUGGACGAGGAAACGCGUCAGGAGCGCAGGGAGGAGCGUCGCAGACAAGAAGCGGAGCGGCGGAGGCGCGUCAGGAGCGCAUUGCCACAGCUGGCGGGUAUCGACGCUGGCGCCCUCGACGAGAUGCACGAUAUAUUUGGCGGAGACGAUUAUGAUUGGGCUCUAGAGGCGGACGAGGAGAUUGCGGAGCCAACAGAGCAGCCGGAGACCCGCUACCAGGACGUCUUUGAGCCAUCAGAAAUUCGCAACAGACUGCUCACCGAGGACGAUGACCUCAUUCGCGCUCAAGACAUUCCAGAGCGCAUGCAGCUCACUUCCUCUGGGCUUUCCGGCUCGUCUGCGGUGAUAAUGCCGGAGCCCUUUUCCGAGUCUGACGUGCAAGCCGCUGCCCUCUGGGUCACCCAGCGCAUCUCCAACGAGAUCAACAACACCUAUUUCGGCCAGUAUGCGAAACACAGGGAGCUCGCCGGGUCGCUGAUCAUGGCCGUCACGUAUGCUAUUCGCGCGAUGUUCGUGUCCGGCUACGAGGUCCCGUACAUCUGGACGCACAAGCGGGACCACAUCAUCCACUUCGAUGCGGCAAAGGCCAGGGAAUCGAAUCAGGAUGAGGCGGCGAUGUUCGGGCUGCUGUCGUUGGACGAUCUAUGGCGCAUCUACACGCUAGGGCAGAAAUUCCGCGCACUCUUAGAACGGAAGCGGUCACUCACUGCGUCAUAUGCGCGCUUGAAGGUAGAGGACGACUACUACGACACGGAAAUCUUCCCGAAACUGGAGAGCGUGGAGUCUAUCGCCGACGCAACCGAGUGGCUCAUGAUGAAGUACAAGGACAAGAAGCAGGACGCGGACACCUUCCGCUUCCACGACGACAACGAGGAGCAGAUUGAGGCAAAGAAACACAAGCGCCCGAGUCGAAUAUCCGCAUACGAGGUGGCGAAGAACAGCAUCGCUAGCCGGGUCGCGCAUGGCUUUGGCCUCACUGCCAGCCAGAUCGUCGAGAACUUCCACGCGGUGUCGAAGAAGGAUGGAAAGCCCGUGCACUUCAUCGAAGAGUUCGAGCAAACACCCCUUGCUUACGCGGAGCAGCACAUCGACCCCGAUCCCACCAAAGCGAAGUCGCCUGAAGAGCUGCUCGCUCAAGCGCGCUUGAUCUUGUCGACGGAGCUUGGCAAGGACCCUAAUCUGCGCCAGGCCAUUCGCGACGUCUUCAAGAGUUCUGCCGUCUUCAGCGUCAGUCCGACCGAGCGAGGUAUUACGAAGAUUGACGUGACGCAUCCUUUCUAUGCCUUCAAGUACCUGUUGGACAAGCCGAUUACCGAGUUCUUGGACACGCCACAGUUCCUUCAGAUCCUCGCCGCUGAAUCUGAGCACUUGGUCACGGUUUCCAUAUCGCUCUCACCGCUCGCCCAGCAACAGUUUGAGGACCUGCUCAACGAUGCUUGCACGUCAGAUGCGUUCGGCGAGUCCUCAAAAUUGUGGAACGCGGAGCGGCGGCAGGCUGUUCACGACGCAGUCGAGCAGCACCUCAUCCCUGCUGGGCGGAAGUGGGUGCGCGACUAUCUGCGGGAGGAAAUCGAGGACGCGAUGGCGAAUAAGUGUGGGACGGCUUUGUACGAGCGCAUCCACGUCGCGCCUUGGAAGUCGCAGACAGAUACUGACACGCCGUUGGGUGCAGUCCCUGCGGUUCUCGCUGUGUCGUGGGGCAAGGGGGACGUCCAGCGCGAUCCCAUCCACGCCGUGUUCGUCGACUCAGAGGGUCGUAUGCGGGACUACACUCAGCUGGAGAACUUCCACACCCAGCAGCCCCGCGACGAGUUCGUCGACCUCAUACGGCGUCGCAACCCGGACGUCAUCGUCAUUGGCGGCUUUUCGAUGGCGACCACGAAGCUCUCGCAGCGUAUCAAGGAGAUCUUGGGGGAGUACAGCAACCAGGGCGGCCUUGCGCCGAAGCCCGUUGUGUACGUCCCCGACGAUGUUGCGCGGAUCUAUCAGCAUAGUCGGCGGGCGGCGGAGGAGUUCACGACGUUGCCCACGAUUGCGCGCUACUGCGUGGGUCUUGCGCGCUAUACUCAGGGACCCCUCAACGAGUUUGCGGCGUUGGGCUCGGAUGUUACGGCCAUCACCCUCGACGAGGACUUGCAACAAUGGGUGCCUAAGGAGAAGCUGCUGACCGCCUUCGAGCGCCGGCUGGUCGACGUCACGAAUAAAGUCGGCGUGGAUAUCAAUCGCGCGGUGACGGAUCCGUACUACCAGCACUUGUUACCGUUCGUGUGCGGUCUGGGUCCACGUAAAGCGCAAGCUCUGGUCAAGAAGAUCUCGGCGAUGGGCGGAAGCUUGACCAACAGGGAGCAGUUCAUCAAGAAAGGCCUUCUGACAACCAGGAUCUUCUUGAAUGCUGCUGGGUUUCUACGGAUCAACGUCAACGACAUGACGUCGUCCGCGUCCAAGAAGCGCGCGCAGAUGAUGGACGUCGACGAGGAGCUGGCAAGCGACCCCUUGGACAACACGCGUAUACAUCCCGAAGACUACGAGCUCGCGCGCAAGAUGGCUGCCGACGCUCUUGAGUACGAUGAAGAGGAUCUCCACGACGUCCAUCCCUCGCACGUCGUCUCCGUCCUCAUGAAGGAACCGGACCGGCAGAACAAGCUCAACGAUCUCAACCUCGUGGACUUCGCGAUCAGCUUGCUCGAGGCGAACAACGAACCCAAGAGGCAUACGCUCGGCAUGAUUCGCAGCGAGCUCGUCAACCCGUUCUGCGAGUAUCGGGAUCCUUUCCCGCUUUUGGAAGCUUGGGAUGUCCUGACAAUGCUGAGCGGGGAGACGUACAAGACGCUGCGUCGUGGUCUUAUCGUUUCGGCCGCCGUCAUGCGCAUACAACCCGGCAAGGCGACGCUCAGAUUAGACUCCGGAGUCGAGGCAUAUGUUACCGAAGAGUACGCCGCGGAUCGCCCUGGGCGAAUCGACGCCGCGCUGCAGAAAGGGCAGAUCGUCUCCGCCGUCGUCAUUGAGCACAAGUUCGACAUCGCCAACGACUCGCUGAUGCUCGAGCUGUCCACCCGUCCUAUGGACUUGGCCCCUGGUGACGAACAGUUCCGCAAGGUCAAGCCCGACAUGCACUGGGACGACAACCGGGAGGACAAGGACAAAGACAUCGUGGAGCGCAGGAAGCGGGCCGAGGAGCGGAAGACGCGCCGUGUCGUCAAGCACCCGGACUUCCACAACUUCAACAGCAAGCAGGCGGAGGAGUAUCUGGAAAACCAGAACCGCGGCGACGUCGUGAUACGCCCGUCCUCGAAGGGCACGAAUCACCUCGCGGUCACUUGGAAGGUUGACGAUGGCCUGUACCAGCACAUCAACGUUAUGGAACCCAACGCAGACGCUGCUGGGACGGGCGUCAGCAACCAGCUCAUCGUCGACCCUACCCAUGUGUACUCCGACCUCGACGAGCUCAUCGUCAACCAUGUUCAGGCGAUGGCACGCCGGGUCGAUGACCUCAUGGCGCAUGAACGCUUCAAGAAGGGCCCCGAGGAUGAGCUUCAUCUGUACCUCAAACAGCAGCUGGCAGCAAACCCAAAGCGUAGUAUGUAUGGGUUCACGCUGAAUCGCAAAAAGCCUGGACACUUCAACCUUUGCUUCUUGGCGAGCAAAGGGUCUACCGUGCAGUCAUGGCCCGUUCGUGUCGCGCCGGAGGCGUACUAUCUCUUUGAUGCAGCAGCUGUCGGUGUUUCCGAGCUUUGCGAUGCUUUCAAAGUCCGUCAUCUCCACGAAUCACAAAACCUUGCCAACGGUGGCAAGACACCCUACCCUGGUGCUGGUGGUCGUACCCCAGCACGCGGACACGCAACACCAGGACAUAUGACAAGCCGCGGUCGCACACCCAACCCCUACGCGGGAGGUGUAACACCUCGACCUCCACCCCCCGGCGGCGUCACGCCCAGACCUCCGCCACCACCCAAUGCCUUCCCCGGCGGACCUGCUCCUCCACCCAACGCUUUCGGCGCGCCUCCUAUGCCGCCUGCUCCCGGCUUCAAUGGCGGGUGGGGAGCAGUGCCACCUGCGCCACCUGGUGGUAUGGUUCCGCCGGGCAUGAAUCCCCAGCGUGCUGCUAUGCUCCAGCAAGCAGGCGGUGCAGGAGGAUGGGGUGGAGGCAGCGGUGGUUGGGGUCAAUGAAUUCGGGUUUAUGUUGCUAUCUAUUCCUUACAUUACAGUACUGUAGUCGUUGUAUCACAUAGGACUUGCGUAUAUUCUUCACUAUCGCGCUACACAAGCCUUUGUAUCCAACAAAAGAGAACCCAGCGCCCGUGGCUGGGCCCUUCCUGGUCACUGCGUUGCUUAGUC